GUUUUUGUUUUGUUUUAUGCGUUAGUUUCAUUCGUAAACAUAUCGAAAAUCGUAAUUUUUUCGAAAAAAAUUUAAUCUCGAUUCCUGUUUUUUGUUAGCAAUAAAACGUGUGGAAACAGCUAAAUUUCAAUAAUAUAAAAGUGUGAAAAUCUUUCUUCAUAUCGAACAGAAAGAAGUUCUCAUCAUGGAUCCUAAAAUCGACACACUGGAAAUCAUCCAUGCCAAUCGGAGGCAGUACUUGAAGAAUGCAGUCGUUUCCAAAGAAAUUGUUACCAGUUUCAUUGAAGGUUUUACUAAUCUCCCGUCAUCAGACUACUACCUUACCCAGAACGGGAAACGGAUAUGCCUGGAAGUCAUCGACAAUAUCGAAGCACGCCUCGGACCAGUCCAUGUUCAGGAGCGACUGCUCGGUGGCAAGGGAGGUUUCGGUUCCAUGCUCCGAGCCAUCGGAGCUCAGAUCGAAAAAACCACCAAUCGGGAGGCCUGUCGGGAUCUGAGUGGACGCCGUUUGAGGGACAUUAAUGAAGAGAAGCGUCUAAAAGCGUAUCUGGACAAGCAACAGAAUGCCCCGGAAGAUGAGCGAGCCAAGCUUCAGAAAAAAAUCGACAAGCUGCUGGCCAAACCGAAGCACGAAUUCCACGACGAAGAGUACAAUCAGGCAAGGAGCGAUUUGACUCAGAAUCUGGGCGAAGCCGUUGAGGAAGGUUUUCGGAAGGCGGCGGAAGCCGAGAAAGCUGCUGGGGAAGCUGCCAAGCGGAAGGCCGAGGAACUGUCCGGGAAAGAUAAGGGCUCUAAGAAGCUGAAGAAGAAACAAACCAAGGGAGCCCUCUGGCUUGGAAGCGAUGAUUUGGGCUCCUCGAGCGAUUCCGAAUCCGAUGGAAGCUCGGAUUCGGCUUGCUCGUCCAGUGAGGGAUCGAGCUCGGCUGGGCCUUCUUCGGGGUCGUCAGACAAGUCGGCCAAGCAAACCGUUACGUCCGAUGAAGAAAAAGGUAAACCGGAAACGUGCAGUCCAGGAGCGGAAGAUGACAAGAAAGAAUCGUCGGAGGCUAAAGAAUGAUAAGGUCCGAUCUUUUUGUUGAAAAAUUAAGGAUAAUUUAGGUUUUCAUUAUUUUUUCAAAAACUUUAAUUUUCUAAGUAUACCAAGUAUUUAUCAAUCUAAUCUACUGGCAUUUUAAGACGGUUUAAUUUUAACUAUCAGGAGAAAAGAUAUGAAUAAAACUAUGUCAUAAUCACUGCAAAAAAGGUGUUUUAAACGUGUAAAAUAGUAUGUUUUGAAAAGUUUUAAAUUGCCCAUUUCACAAUCGAAUUGCAUAUUGAGCACAGUUAUUAAAAAUAUGUAGCAGUUUAGGAAUCCAAUACUAAAUGUGAUGAAAAUCUUUUGAAACUCGAAUCUCAAUUCUUAUCAUUUGAAAAAUACCUGUGGUUAGGAAAAGGGCAUUAAAGGUUCAAUCGAGAUAAAGGUAAUCAAUUUGAUUGCUGAUUUGAAUUUGGUGUCCAGGUGUACCACAAAUGAUUGCAAUAAAAAUCUACGUUGAU